AGUGGCCUUUACCGCAAUGCAACUGCUGAAUAUUUCUACCAACUUGAAAAUAAAACCAUGAUGCCAAGUGUAAAGGACAACUUUGGGAAUCCAAACUGUCCCAUAAACGGGAAACUUAAAGGUGUGUUUUUCGCGGUGACCCUUUGGAAGGGUGAUCUACCAACUACAUCCCCUUAUGGAGACACCAGAGUGGUGGUUCCCCUGGAGAGCCUCUUUGAUGACUCUGCCAGUCUGUACUUCGCCGAUUUCUAUCGUUUGAAAGAUGGUAAUCACUACGUCAUAUUGGUCCUUACAAGGACUGAUAAGGAUCUUGACGACUUCUGCCAGAGGCACCUCAUUAAAUUGAAUGAACGAACCAACGCGUUUCUGAGAAAGGAAGGAAGCACCUACAAAACACUCCGGCAGGACAACGUAUGGGUUUACGUCUUCUAUACAGGUGAAGUGGAUAUAUCGAAGCUGGACCUCACUGACAACGACGGGAACGUAAAAACACGGGGCCAGUCUAAUGUCAGUGGAGGUGACAGUGAGGGCAGUAUUGAAUCUGAAGCAUCGUCACCGGAUGGUGUCCCUGAACUUGGGAAAGAACUGUCAAAGCUUCAGUUAGGAAAGAUGAACACAGAUCAGUCUGGAAAGUACUACUUUUUGCAACAUAUGUAUAAUGUAUGUGGAUAAUCCCAAUGUAUAUGGGCCGGCUACCCUUUUUACAAUAAGCAUAAUAAUAAUUUGA